AUGCCUCUGCUAGCCAGAGUCGAUGAUGUCGUCGACUUGACUCUGAGCACCGACUCAGACCGUGAUAGUAUCACGGCCAUCCAUGCGCGCACCGAUGGUGCUCCUCAGGCGCACCCGCCAUCUGCGUCCCUGUCGCCUCGAGGACUGCGCUCUCUGAAAAACAGCCCCGCGCAUUCUCGGAGGACGGCUAGUCCCCAGUCUGCAAAGAAGCGCAUUUCCAACGGGUCCGGACCGGCUACGACCGACUCGAGCAUCACGUACACCGAGGAGACGCCUACCAAAUCGGGUGGUGCCUCUACCUUCUCAUUCUCUAGAGAAGGCAGCAAUGUCGCCUCCGCGUCGCGGCCCCCUGAGAGCGCCACCCAUUCGUCCCCAGUGUUUACUACCCCGCCUCAGUCGCACACCACUCGGGCUCAGCAGACGCCCAAGAACCAGACGCCUAGGAAGGCCGAGUGGACCACUGCUAAGAUCGAGAGCUCGCUGCGCACCUUCUCGGCAGAGCUGGGCAGAGAUCAUGCGAAACUGCUUCGGUAUACCCUAGAGUCGACAUUCAAGCAGAAGCCAGCAGGCCGUAAGCACCUCAGCUCCAAGGAUGAUCUUGCAGGCCUGAAACCCGAACCUGCCAACGAGGCCACUCCACGUGACAAGAUCAUGAGAAUCAAGCCCAAGCAACACGGGAAAGAGUACCACAGGAGUAAAGGGGAUCAAAAGGAGAUUCUGUUUCCCGUGGUGUGUAUCAAGUCGAAUAAGAAUCGCGUUCCCAAGUAUCGCUUUCACCAUGUGGAAAUAUCGAGGAACAUACUCUCGCCCAACACACCUCUCAAAUUCAUCCCCCACCUGCGGGAUCUUGACAACGACAACUCGGAGGUUCAAAAGUUCAACCAGUGGAUCGAGGAGCUUGAGAGCAUGGACCAGAAAUCUGGCUUUAACACCGCCAGUCGUAACACCAAGUUUGCGCGCACUCGAGUGCUCGAACGCGCUAUGACUCUGUCUCUCUACCUCGAACGUUGGAUCAAACGACUCGGCAUUGACAACUGUAGCAAAUCGACUCUGAUACGGCAUAUGGCCAGUACGUCUGAGAGUGACGAUGCCAUUACGCCGCAGCAGAAGAACCACCUGCUCAAUUCGUACAACGAGGAUGUUGGAUCCCCUCGCGCCGUUAAAAUUGCGCGAAUGUUUACAGAAGCCUUUAACAAGGUCUUCUCGAAGAAGAACGUCAGCCUAGACGACGUCUUGAUGCUCGACGAGUCAGUCGAGACUCUUGUCGACACCAAGAAGAUGACCAAGGAGGGCUUCAGCAGCCAGAAACUGGGUGAUGAGCAGCACAUCGAGCUGCUGGAGCGUUGGCUCGGCUCCUACACUGUUCUGGGCUGUAUGAUCUGCUAUGCCCACUCCUGUGAGCACGGUGAAUUUGACGCCGACAACAUCCGCCGUUGCUUCUCUAUCGACAUGAACGUCAACAUGAAACUGGGACAACUCAUUAAACGGCGCCGCAUCGCUGCUGCUCAAGAGAAGAUGAACGGUACUCCCUCCAAGGCUAUGACUCAGCCUUGUAAGAACAAGUGCUACCGAAACUACGAUAUCGGCAACGAGGGCUAUGUGACGCGAGACUGGACCGAAGAAGAGACGAAUCUCCUCCGCGCCAUCUUCUUUGUGCUAUGCGAUAACAACGAUGUCCGUCCGCAGUGCACUACUGCCGUUCUCCUAGGGCGUUACUGCUGGGAAGUCUACAGGAAACUGAAGCAGAUGGACCUGACACUGCCAGAGGUGCAGGUCCCAGACGAGUCGACCGUCAAGGCGCCUCGGCCGAUCCCCUGGUACGAUCGUCACCGAAAGGUCCUACAGGGUGAUUGGCAGGAGCAUACCAACACCCACGAGCAUGCUGUUCGCGAAAUGCGCGAUCCCUGCUUCCACGAUGGACCCUGCACAGUCGCGAACGGGUGUCAAUGCGUGGCAGCCAAGGUUAUGUGUGAACGCUUCUGUCGGUGCACCGCUGAGACAUGCUCGCACAAGUUUACGGGGUGCGCUUGUCACUCUAGUGGCAAGACGUGCUUUGCCAAACAAAAGGAAGGCAAACCUUGCAUCUGCGUCCAGCUGAAUCGCGAGUGCGAUCCGGUGCUCUGCAAGGGCUGUGGUGCGCGUGAUCGUGCAGAUCCGCAGAACGCUCGCGACGAAGUACUCCAUUCAACUGGAUGCCAAAACGUCGCUCUACAGCGCGGCCUCUCCAAGACCGUCUUGAUCGGCAAGUCGCAGCUUGAGGCUUGCGGAUACGGCUUGUUCACGGCCGAGGACAUAGCUGCGGAUGAGUUCGUCAUCGAGUACGUAGGAGAGCUGAUCACACACGACGAGGGUGUGCGGCGGGAGGCACGCCGUGGUGAUGUGUUCGACGAAGAGUCGAACAGUUCUUACCUCUUCACGCUCUUGGAGCAAGACGGCAUCUGGGUCGACGCCGCGAUGUACGGAAACCUGAGCCGCUACAUCAAUCACGCGGGCGAGCACGACAAGCGCGGCUGCAACAUCACGCCCAAGAUCCUCUACGUCAACGGCGAGUUCCGCAUCCGUUUCACGGCCAUACGCGAUAUCAAGGCCGGCGAAGAGCUCUUCUUCAACUACGGUGAAAACUUCCCCAAUCUGACCAAGAAGCUGCUCGAGGACAAGGUCGACGCCGGGGGCGACGAGAGCAUGCUCGGCGCCUCCUCGGCCGGCACGGGCCAGCAGGCGAAGAAACGCGGCCGCGGCGGCCGGCAGCCUGCUGGCACCGCUCGCAAGUCCGGCAACACGGGCGGCGGCGGCGGCGGGCGGAAGAAGCAGCAGACCACUGGGUCGGGCGCGCGCAAGGAGGCUCCGCGGUUCAGGGUCAUCGAGGAGCUCGACGACGACGACGACACGGACAUGUUCCCGGAAGACAACGUGGCCUCCUUUGCGAGGGGCAACUCUCGGCGCGGCCGCAAGCGUAAGAGGCCCGGCCCGAAUGAUGAUGAUGACGACGACGACGGCGAGGACGAGUAUCGCCCUGGGGCCAAGGGGUCUGAGACCGACUUCGAGUACCGCGCGGGGCGGAACCGUCGCCGCGGCGGUGGUGGUGCCGGCGCCGGCGGCAGGAGGCGCGGGGCCGACGCGCACGUCGAGGCGGGCGAGAUCCGCGCCAGCCCGCGCGGUAGUGCCAGCAAGCGGGCUAGGCGGUUCGGCGGCCUGGACGACAGCGCCGUGGGCGAGCCGGAUGAGCACCAGGGCGCCGGCGCCGGCGGCCGGGGGGCUCCCGAGACGCCUACGAGGCAGAACCGGCGCGGCGGCGCGGCGGCCGCGGCGAGGCGGAGCGUGGAGGAGGUUGAGGACUCUAUGGAGGUGGACACUUCUUCCUUCUACAACGGCAACCGCCGGGGCGUCUCGUACGAUGAUGGAGAUGACGAUGGAGAUGACGACGAUAGCGUCGUCGACAGCGCGAGGCGGAGGAAGAGGCAGAAGCCGGCGAGGUAUCGGGUUGAGGAUGAUUGA